AUUUAUGUGUAUAGUUUAUCGAUGGCGGAGCCUCCCCGUAGGGGAGGCGGAACCCAUUAGGUUUCCACCAGUGAUGCGAUGUUUCCUACCGGGCUGUCGGCUUUCAAGUUCCAUACAAGCGAGAAGCGCAUACAUAUGCUGCGCAGAACGCUUUGCGUUCAUAUAUACACUUUUAAGCAUAUGUUUUAAGUAUAUGACAGCUUUCUUAAUCUGAAAACUAGUCAACUUUAACGAUUAAUAUCUCGCUUCGUGGGGCAGAGCGACACUUUUUCUGUCAGAUUCUUUCGUUUCACGCAAAAACACGUCGAAUAAGCAUAAAUUUAUAAAAAUUGGAGGUGAAUCAGCGUUACUAAAUAAUUACCAAGGGACCGCAUGAAUAAGAAAAGGAGUAUAAGGCUGAACCAUGUCGAGUCCAUCGUUGAAGGACCUGCCAAAAGUAGCUCUAGACUUGAAAAGCGAAUUGGAAACCUUUAAUCAUGGUUGUAUGAAGAAAGCCGCCACUGCUGAGAAGAAUGUUUUACCCUCUGCCGAAGACGUGCGACAGGAGCGGCAGCACUCUGAGUUGAUACACGGUUUGGAAACCUUUAAGACAGAUCAAUUGAAGCACGCCGACACGAAAGAGAAGAUUGUACUGCCUAAUGCCAAAGAUGUUGCCGCGGAGAAGACCCAGCAAACGCUGAUUGCCGGCAUUGAGAAGUUUGACACCGCAAGUCUGAAACACACUGAGACCCAGGAGAAAAAUCCAUUACCUGAUAAAGAUGUGAUUCAGCAAGAAAAGGGGAAACAACAACUGAUCUCUGGUAUCGAAAACUUUGAUCCAGCGAAGUUGAAGCAUGCAGAAACCCUUGAGAAAAAUCCUUUGCCCACCAAAGAAGCGAUUGAUGCUGAAAAGAUAGCCGCUUAGAGAAGCUGCCGCACGAAAAGGAACGCAGGAAAGAAACAGGGAUGGUGCGACUUGUCGCUUCUUCCAUUUUCUAUAUCCGUGACAUUUUAUAACAAUUAUUCAUACAUUGCCAAGGAAAAAAAGCGUGAAUGCCGAAGCACUGUGUUAGUCGUAAUAUAUUAUAAUUAUACUUAUCCUAUUACUGUUACUGGCUUCUUUUGGCGAGUUCAGAAGUUACGUCAGAAGUUAAGUAUCGAAAGACUUUUGAUUCAAAACGUCCAAUGUUGAAUCAUGCGGUUGAUGACGAUAUCGCUGCUACUCGCCUCGAGAGAUAAUUUGGCAAUAAUUAGACAAUGACGAGAAUAAAAACAGAUAUAAACCCUUCUAUCUGUAAGAUACAGCUCCUAGCUGUAAGCUUUUUUCUAACUUGCUUCUUGCAGUAUCUAUUCUUUUUUGUUGCUAAACACGAGACAAAUAUUAUUUCUAUAAAGCAGUCACUUAAGUGAAGCUGCUCAACUUGGGAGAAAUUUGUGACAAAAAAAGAAAAAAAGAUUAGUAAAUAGAGCAAGUUAGAAAUUUUAUUUUAUGAAAUAAAAACUCAGAUCGAAGGACCACAGAGUAUUGCGCGGAAUCGUCAUCUUGUCGAAGAAUGUAGUUCUUUUUUAUACUGAAGGCUGCACAUGCAAAUAUUCGUUAUUUUUGAACAGGCAAAAUUGUCUACAGUAUUGCAUGCUGCGUUACAGGAAACAUCGUGGAAGCACACACAAACACAGUGGUCAAUCUUAUGUAAAAAUCAUAUUUUAUAUAAACGGGCUAUUGUACUUUUUUAAUAUUUCGUAUACAUCGCAUUGUCAUUCCGAUAAAAUUACGAGAAAUAAAAAAAAAUAAUUUGUACAAAA